UUCUUUUUGCAGGUUUAAUGCAGGAGGUGCGCCUAGGUAAUUUGGAGAACAAGUCGCGCUAUGAUGACGUCGUGCUCCAUGCGACGAAGAGCAGUAUUUUCCACGCUGUUUACUUGAAGGUGCUGUUUGUGUGUUUUUAACUGGCAUUUCUGGCUCUGUUUUAUCUUAAAUCAUGGAGAAAAAAUCCAGCGGGAAGAAACCUAAACCCAUGAAGAUGAAAGACGGCACCGACCCCGUCAAAAACUUCCAGAAAUGGAAGAAAAAAUACAACAAGACGAAAGCACGAGUAAAGGAAGACAGGCCACCGAAGAAGCCUGAGUGGCAGGUCGAACGGGAGUACAUCGACAGGCUUGUUAGCAGGUAUGAAGACAUAAACUCCAAGGAGGCUGUCAGGUUUUCAGACUUCCCCAUUUCAAAGAAAACCUUGUUAGGUUUGCAGGGGGUUCAGUACAGACAGCCAACAGAGAUCCAGAGGCAGACAAUCGGCUUCGCAUUGCUCGGUAAAGAUGUCCUCGGCGCGGCUAAGACAGGCUCUGGGAAGACUUUGGCCUUCCUCAUACCGGUGCUGGAGUGUCUGUACCGCCAGCAGUGGAGUUCCAUGGACGGCCUGGGUGCUCUCAUCAUAUCCCCCACCAGAGAGCUCGCCUACCAGACCUUCGAAGUCCUCCGCAAGGUGGGCAAGAACCACGAGUUCUCCGCGGGGCUCAUCAUCGGCGGGAAGGACAUCAAGAGUGAGUCAGAGAGGAUCCACCGCACCAACAUCGUCAUCUGCACCCCGGGCCGGCUGCUCCAGCACAUGGACGAGACUGCCACCUUCCACGCCUCCAACCUCCACAUGCUAGUUCUGGACGAGGCAGACCGCAUCCUAGAUAUGGGUUUCGCGGAUACACUUAACGCCAUUGUGGAAAACCUCCCCAAGUCCCGGCAGACGCUGCUGUUCUCUGCCACGCAGACCAAGUCGGUCAAAGACCUGGCCCGGCUCAGCCUUAAAGACCCAGAGUACGUGUGGGUUCACGAGAAGGCUAAGUUCAGCACGCCGGCCACCCUGGAGCAGAGUUACGUGGUGUGUGAGCUCCAUCAGAAGGUCAACAUGCUCUACUCGUUCAUCAGGAGCCAUCUGAAGAAGAAGAUUAUUGUCUUCUUUGCCUGCUGCAAGGAGGUGCAGUACAUGUUCCGGGUCCUCUGUCGCCUCAGACCCGGCAUGCCCAUCUUGGCUUUGCAUGGCAAGCAGCAGCAGAUGAAGAGAGUGGAGGUGUACAAUGACUUCAUCCGGAAGCAGAACGCUGUGCUCUUUGCCACCGACAUAGCCGCCAGAGGCCUGGACUUCCCUGCCGUCAACUGGGUGCUGCAGUUUGACUGUCCGGAGGAUGCAGACACCUACAUCCACAGGGUAGGCCGGACUGCCAGGUACAAGGAGGGGGGAGAAGCCCUCCUGCUCCUGCUGCCCUCUGAGGAGAAGGGCAUGGUUGGCCAGCUGCAUGAGAAGAAGGUUCCCAUCAAUAAGAUUCAGGUGAACCCAGAAAAACUGCAGAAUAUUCAACAGAAGCUGGAGGCCUUCCUGGCUCAGGAGAAGGAGCAGAAGGAGAGAGCUCAGAGAUGUUUUGUUUCCUACCUGCGCUCCAUCUACCUGAUGAAGAACAAAGAAGUGUUUGAUGUCUUUAAACUCCAGAUUCAGCAGUAUGCCGGUUCUCUGGGCCUCGCGGUGGCUCCGAGGGUGCGCUUCUUAAGUAAAGCUCAGGCAAAGAGAUCUGUUAAAGAAGGGCAGAGAGAAGAGGAGCAGUCUGAAGAAGAGGAGGAUCUGAGGAGCUUCAAGGCCCAGCUGAAAGGAAAUGUUCCUCAUGAGGAAAGUCAGAGCUCACAGUCAGAAGAUUCAGUUGAUGAUGAUGAUGAUGAGGAAGGUGGUAUUGAAGAAGAGGUGGAUCAGUCCAAGGUACUACUUCUGGGUUCAGAUGACAACGAGGAUGAAGAUGAUCUAAGAGACUUGGACCUGCUGACAGUCAAAAGAAAAGAUGUCUUCAAUCUGACGGGGGGCGAGGAGAGUCCUGAGGAACCUGCUGAGGACUUCCAAAAGAAAAUGGAAAAAGAGACAAAGUUCAAAGAAGCCAAAAAGGUCCUUAAGAGAAACUUCCAAGUCAACACCAAAGUGGCUUUCAGCGAAGAAGGAGAGGCUGUGCAGCUGUGGCCUCCAGUCCAACGAGCAGUGACUGGUGAUGGGGAGGAAGAGGAGGGGCUUUCAGGUAUCAACAUGGAGAAGGCCAGGGAGAGGCUGAAACGUGAGGACCAGGAGUUUGACAAACAGGAGUACAGACGCAAAGUGAAAGCCAAACACCAAGAGAAGAGGCUGAAGGCGAAGGCAGCGAGGAGGGAGGCCAGUAAGCAGCACGGACAGAAAUCUGACGACGAGGACGAGGUGUUUGCUUACCUGGCCAAUCACAGUGAAGACGAGUUUGACCCCAGCACCCUGCCGGACCCUGACACAAUACACUCUGAGGAGGAGGAGGAUCAGAUAACUGCAGCUAAACGGCAGCACAGCAGUGAAAGCAGUGAUGAGGAAGAGAAGGAGCUCACAGCGGGGAAGAGAAAGAAAGUGAGGCAACAGAAUGAUGAGCACAAAGCCCUGGACACUGGCCUGUCUCUGGCUGAAGAUGAGGAGUUAGUCUUACAUCUGCUCGGAGGGCUGAGGUAGAGGAAAUUGAGAGGUCUCGGGGGAUUUAGGGAAGCUUUAAAAAUAGUAUGAAGUCAUCAGUUCUAACAAAGUCUGUAGAUAAAUGAGAAAAGCAGUGUUGCAAAUCCAUAACAUUGGAGGACUCAGAGUAAUGAACUGAGGCAUCAGAGGAUCCUGAUGUUAAGUCCACAACACGGGUCAAUAUUUUACAACUCUCAUAAUGCAACCAAUACCAUCUUUCAUUUAAACCUCAACAAAAGUACAAUUAUUAUUUGUCUAUAACAUUACAUUUACCUGACUAAAUAAGCAACAAUCAACAUCUUUAAGUAUUAUUGUGAGUCUCUCUCAGCAAAUGUGUUUCACCAGGAAUGUGUCGGAGGUUUGAUCACAUUUAAUUGACAAUAACCAAACAACCCACAGACUGUUGGAGCUAUUCAGAACCAAUUCUGAUUCAACUUUUCUUACAUUUGUUAAAAUACCACACCUUCAGUUUGUAAUGCAGGAUUUCUGUUAUAAAUUAUGUGUAAAAAUGUGUAAACCCAAGCUGAAAUAUCCCUGACGACAUCAUUAUCAAAUGACAUCAUCAGGGUUAUUUUGUCAUACUUAACAAAGCUGCUUGAGAAGACAUGAUACCACUGUUUUUACAGGCUGAGUAGUAUGUUUGUAGAGUGCCGCUUUAAUUUCUAAAUUUGAUGUUGAGACUAUUAAAAGCAUUACUGCAGCCUUGAGUUUAUAGCAAGAAUGAAUGUUUUUGACUCUGGACGUCACAUUCAUGAGAGCUGAAUUAAAUGCAUGUGAAUCUAGAAUCUCCGCAGUACACGCUUCCAUGAGUUGAGGCCUAAUUCUGCUUUUAAUUAGUUCAUCCAACGUGUCGUCCCACCACAUCUAACCUCAGUGCUUCUAAAAGUCACAUUCUGUCCUCAAAAGCAAUCCUAGUGUGCACUCAGUUGUACACACACGUGACGGCGGUACUUGUGUUCUUCUGAGAGAGAAGUUUAAACCCUGUUUAGUCUUUCACAGCUUUACAUAUCUGAGCAACCGCACAUUGUGAGUGCUAACUGCCAUCACACACAAAGGAAAAUAAUUAGCAGAGCUCCUAUGCCCUGAAUCACAAAAAAUAGCAAUUUUGUGUUUGCACAACAGACAGGACACCUUAUGUGAAUUCACCAAUCAGAUCAUUCUCCAAAUAUUCACAUUGUAAUAUAGAUAGACAAUAUACAUGAAUAUACAGUACAAAUAGAAUAUGUAUGUGAUUUAGGAAGCUCAUAUGCUUUUUAUUGUGACCAAAUCUGUAUCCAAAAAAGUAGUUAACAUUAUUAACAAGCAUUUAUUUGAAUCAGUUCACAUAGCAAAUUGUCUUACCACUUGUGAAUUCCCCCUUUUAUUUUUACUUGUUUUACAAAAAAAGCAGAAGAAACAGGCAUCAUUCCUGACUGACUCUGUAUGGCAAUGAAGAGUCAAAUGCCAGUAAACACAAAUUCUGUAAAGGGGUUUGGUUCUUUGUCCACUGACUUGCAGAUCAAGAGAAUAUUUUCCUUUUUCAUAAAAAUUAAUAUACUGUCCCGAUGGAAACACGUUAGUCAUUUAAAAAAUGUCUCAUGGUAAAAUAAUUUGCAAAAUUCUGUAAUCGUCAAGACUAAAACUCAAAAAGGUUUUCAUCACGUGAUUACCAUGAUGAUACAGUGAUUCCCCUUUUAGAGCUGAAACAGUCAGAUGUAACGCUAUGUAUAAAACACGUGUCUCCUGCAGGUGGCGGUAGAGGGACUUGAAUACACAGUCUGACUGAUCUUCCUCCUCAGUGAGAUAUUUCCAUGCUCAAAGGUUCCUCCAUCUACUACUGCACGGAUUGGUUCAAACGUGAUGAAUAAACUGGAGUAAAAAGCA